GCUCGGUUCUGUUUCUUUUUGGACGUUUCUCAGUGUUUACACGGACCCGCAGCUUCUUGAAGAGCCAGCUUGGCAGUUUUUCUCCCCCGCUUCGUUCUUCAGGAGUCGGUUAUGAACUGAAGGCUCUCCCAGCCGGGCAGCUGUUGGCCGAUAGGACCAUGCAGACCUUGUGCUCCUCUGCAGUCUUGCCGCUGAUUGGUCUCCUGAUUGGACUGAGCAGCUCCCUGAACCCCAGAGACCCCAACGUGUGCAGCCAGUGGGAGAGCUACACCACCUCAGUGAAGGAGUCCUACUCCCACCCGUAUGACCACGUGACGGAGGAGCCGUGCUCGGACCCCCGGACGUCCUACAGAUGCACUCGUCACAGGAUCACCUACAAAACGGCCUACAGGCAGGCGGUGAAGGCCAUGUACCGCAGGAGAUACUGCUGCUGCCCAGGCUACUACGAGAGCGGGGAGGCCUGUGUCCCCCACUGCACCAAGGAGUGCGUCCACGGUCGCUGUGUCGCCCCGGACCGCUGCCAGUGUGAGAAAGGAUGGCGAGGCGACGAUUGUUCAAGCUCAUGCGAUGCCAAGCACUGGGGUCCGGGCUGCGGUCAGGAGUGCAAGUGUGAGAACGGAGCCCUCUGUGACCCGGUGAGCGGGGCCUGUCAGUGUCCUCCGGGGUUCAUCGGACUCUUCUGCGAGGACGUCUGUCCGGCGGGGACCUUCGGCAAGCGCUGUCAGCAGAGGUGCAAGUGCAAGAACGGAGGAUUGUGCGAUAAAGCGACCGGGGAAUGCACGUGUCGGAAUGGCACCACGGGGACUUUCUGUGAGAAGACGUGUAAAAAGAGAUGCCAGACGCGAUGCUCCUGCCAGAACGAGGGCUACUGUAAGGGCAAAGGGAUCUGCGCCUGUCCGUCUGGAUGGACGGGUGCGGUCUGCACGGAACAAUGUCCCGACGGAAGGUUUGGACCAAACUGCACCGAGGAGUGUGUUUGCCACAACGGUGGAAGAUGUGACCCCUCCACCGGGCACUGCCAGUGCAGCGAAGGUUUCACUGGACACAGGUGUAAUGAGCAGUGCGCCGCAGGUACCUACGGUAAGGACUGUAAAGGCGUGUGCGACUGUGCAAACGGCGCUCGCUGCUUCAACAUCGACGGCAGCUGUCUGUGUGAGCCGGGGUUCAGCGGGCCCCAGUGCAGGAACCCGAUGUGCAGCCCCGGGAACUACGGCAUGCACUGCGAAAACAAGUGUCUCUGCGAGGAGAAACACACCCUGAGCUGCCACCCGAUGAAAGGAGAAUGCACGUGCCAGCCGGGCUGGGCCGGCCUGUUCUGCAACGAGACGUGUCCGCACGGCUUCUACGGUCACGGCUGCGUGGAGCCGUGUCUGUGCGUGAACGGAGGCGUGUGCGACAGCGCCACAGGGCGAUGCCAUUGCACCCCCGGCUUUACGGGUGUUCACUGUGAGAGUCCCUGUAAAAGCGGCACCUAUGGGAAGAACUGCUCCCUGGAGUGCUCCUGUGACAACUUCAUCGACUGCUCACCGGUUGACGGCGCCUGCUUCUGCAAAGAGGGCUGGCGCGGGUCCGACUGCUCGGUCCCCUGCGCUGAGGGCACCUGGGGCCCAGGAUGCAACGCCACCUGCCGCUGCAGCAACGGGGCGAGCUGCGACCCGGCAGAUGGAUCGUGUAAAUGCGCCGCGGGAUGGCAGGGAGCACACUGUGACCAACCAUGUGGCAUGGGCACAUUCGGGCCGGGCUGCCAGAAGAGGUGCGAUUGUGUCCACGGCAGCGGCUGCCAGGCGACCGACGGGGAGUGCCGCUGUCUGCCAGGUUGGAUGGGCCCCCGCUGCAGUGAGCCAUGUCCAGAGGGCCUGUGGGGCCCCCACUGCAACCGUAGCUGCUCUGAGCACUGUCCCAACAGCGAAUCGUGUUUAAGGAAGACCGGGGAGUGCGUGUGUCGUCCAGGCUACUGGGGCACCACCUGUCAGAACAACUCCUCAGAACUGGUGGGCAGCGUCAUGGUUCCUCUCUCCCCAGGUGAGAGGGAGUCGUGGGGUGCCAUCGGGGGCAUCGUGGUGCUCGUCCUGCUGGUGGUCCUGCUGCUGGCUCUGCUGCUGCUCUACCGCCGGCGGCAGAAGGAAAAGCAGAACAACACGCCCACCGUGUCCUUCUCCACCAGCCACACCGUCAACUCAGAGUACGCAGCUCCAGACGUUCCUCACAGUUACCAUCAUUACUACUCCAACCCCAGCUACCACACGCUGAGCCAGAACCGGCCCCCGCUGCCCCACCUCCCCAACAACCACGACCGCAUCAUCAAGAACACCAACAACCAGCUGUUCUGCAGCGUGAAGAACGCAGCGAGGGAGCGGCGCGGCCUGUUUGGGGUGGAGACCAACGCCACCCUGCCUGCAGACUGGAAACAUCACGAGGCCCGCAAAGAUUCAGGAGCUUUUGGCAUCGACCGGAGCUACAGCUACAGCGCCAGCCUCGGAAAAUAUUACAACAAAGAGCUGAAGGACUCUGUGGCGGCGAGCAGCAGCUCUCUGAACAGCGAGAACCCGUACGCCACCAUCAAAGACCUGCCGGGCCCGCCGUUCUGCCCCCCAGAGAGCAGCUACAUGGAGAUGAAGUCGGCCGUGCCGCGAGAGCGAGCGUACACCGAGAUCAGCCCCCCGCCGUUCAGCAUCGCCACGCUGCGCAGAGAGCGUCAGAGCUCCCUCGGCCACGCCCCCCACGAGGACCCCCAGGCCCACUACGACCUCCCCGUCAACAGCCACAUCCCCGGACACUACGACCUGCCUCCGGUCCGCCGGCCGCCGUCCCCCCGGCCCUGUCCCAGAAGGACCCUCCAGAGGGAGUAGGAGAGGCGGAGCCGGUUCAUCCUCCUCGCUCUGGGGCUGAGGAAGAGGAGCGGACUGUUUGCUCUUCACCUGUGAACUCAGCGGUCCUGCUGCUGCCCUGUCUGAGAGCAGUGCUGCCCUCCUGUGGCCAUCGGAUGGUACUGUUGUCACCAGGACAGACAGACAGUCUGCAGGUGAAGAAAGGUGGCCACGUCAGAGGGGCUUCAGCUGCUUCUAACCCCUGAUGGGGGUCAAAGCCAUUUCUAUACUGGGCCACUUUGGCAUCAUGAAGUCAUUAAAAGGGCCCCAUGCACCUGUAUAGAUGACUUUUGAUUUCAGAAUUUCA